GCGAGCGCGCGCUGGCGGCGCCCUCGAGCCGCGCCAGGCGUUGCCGCCGACGGCCUUCAUGCCCCACAGCGCCGUCAAGGCCGCCACGCCCUUGGUGCCCUUGCUGCGCAUCGCGCGCAUAUCACACUGCUGGCUGCAGGCGAGCCACCCGGAUCCACGCGGGCACAACCUGCGCAUCUUGGGCCAGGCCCUGCAGCUGCUGCCGGGCGAUUUCACGGACCGCUGGGGCUCAUAUUCUUUCGAGGACGAUGCCCCCGGCCGCUUCGAGCUGGAGCAUGCGCUCUUCAAGGAGGCAUUGGGGAGCCUGGGGAGCUUCUACUCCCACCCCGCCACUGUCGUCUUCAUGCUGACGCGGUUUCCAGAUGAUUACGGCGACGCUGCAAAGUACACCCAGUCGGGCAACACGGAGCAGUACUUCAACCGUGGCUGGUGCUUCUGCGAGUCCUCCUGGGCGAUGCUGACGAAGCCGUCUAGCCUCGUCUUGGUGCAGUUGCUCUGCACGGCCCUGUUCGGCAUCGCGGGGCAGAACCUGCACUUCGUGCACCGCCCGGGUUUGGCAGCCGAAGCCGUGCUCCAGCAGGGCCUCGAGUCGCCAGCAGCACGAGCAAUCGAUUGGAUCAGCGGCACAGGCAUCCCUGAGCACCUCCACAUCGACGCGCAGCGCACCGACUCGCCGCUGCCGUUGCUCGAGCGCUUCAGCGAACUGGCCCCCCACGGGCCCGCGCAUAAGUACGGGGGCGACCUCGCCGAUUGCUUCGCGAACAUCCCACGCUGCCUUGCACGCCGGGCUUGGGCCUUCUACCAGGAGGUCAUGGCUGCACGGAACAUCUCGGCCAUCGCCGCCCCGCGCCGGCGCGGAUUCGCACGAACUCUGCCGUUCGAGCCGCCCAGGGCCUCGCCCCUCCACGUGGUCUUCCGGCCAGCGGACCUCGCCGCUGCCAUCGAGCACAGCCUCGCGAACCUCUGGCUCGCGGUGGGCACGCUCGUCGGUCGAGCCACCGACGGACUCGCAAUUGGCAGCUCUUUGGCCGGAGCCCUCACCCGUAUGGUGCUUAUCUACUGCGACGUCGUGUUCCACGCCUCCCUCUAUAGUGGGCGCGGCCUCCCGCCGCCUGCUCGCUCCAGAGUCCGGCAUUACGUCGUCGAGGGUGUCCGCAUCCUCAUCUUCGAGUCCCGGUACAUGGACGACUACAUAUGCCUAUGGAAG